CAUGGUGCCCAAGACGAUCGCGGGGAAGAUCUUUGGUUCUAUCUGUUCUCUGAGCGGGGUGCUGGUAAUCGCCCUGCCUGUUCCUGUCAUCGUGUCCAACUUUAGCCGAAUCUAUCACCAGAACCAGAGAGCUGACAAACGGCGUGCGCAGAAGGUACAGAAAGCCAGACUGGCCCGGAUAAGAAUAGCCCAGACGGGCAGCUCCUGCACGGGCUUCUUCCAGAGCAAACGCAACGACCUCCUCAACGAACUGCUGGAGCUCACACAACAACCGUACAAGCAAAACAAUAUCCACGAGGGGUCCGAGGAAGAGGAACAGCAGCACAACAAGAGCAUAUCGUUAUUAGAGAGUCAACACCACCACCUAUUGCACUGUCUGGAGAAGACAACUGCCCAUGAGUUUGUGGAUGAGCAGCUGUAUGAGCAGAACUGCCUGGAGACCACGAUCCAGAGCUACACCUCCCGCAGUCCCUCCUUCUCCAGCCAGGACGGGCCCAUAGGCACCUGCUGUACUCGCCGGGGGAAGAUGAACUCCCCCCUACCCAACUCCAGCCUGCCCCUCCAGCCCAGCCAUCAGCAGGGCGCACUACAGGAGCUCAGCGCCCUGCACAUCCAGUGUGGGGAUAAGCUGCCCCAUACCACCAGUCGCUCCAGUCUCAACAUGAARACAGACGAAGUGGGACCGAUCAACUGCAAGGGCAGUCAGAUCACCACGGCGAUCAUCAGCAUCCCCACGGCAACCUCCGACACCACUGACGGGGGCGGUCUCCACGGACCCCCCCAGCGCAGACCCCCCCCUCCCCCCACCGGCCCAGAGGCCGCCAGUAUUAACACCACAGCCAGCUCCACUGUCUUCAAAGUGUCCGCUCUGUGA